UACAAGACCCACUCCCUGGACACCCCCCCCCUCAUCGAGCCGGCGCCCAGGUAUCCAAGUCCACCCAUAGGAUCUGGAACUGCCCCUACUAUGUCUGCUGCAGAAGAAAAUGUGGAAUAUGUUCGGACUCUCUAUGACUUUCCUGGGAAUGAUGCUGAGGAUCUUCCAUUUAAAAAGGGUGAGAUACUCGUAAUUGUAGAGAAGCCUGAAGAACAGUGGUGGAGUGCCAGAAACAAGGAUGGUCGGAUUGGGAUGAUUCCUGUUCCUUAUGUAGAAAAGCUAGUCAGAUCUUCUCAUGGGAAGCAUGGAAACAGGAAUUCCAACAGUUACGGUAUUCCAGAGCCUGCCCAUGCUUAUGCUCAGCCUCAGACCACAAGUCCCCUUCCUUCAGUAUCCAGUACACCUGGAGCAGUGAUCAAUCCUCUGCCAUCAACACAGAAUGGACCAGUCUAUGCCAAAGCUAUCCAAAAAAGAGUACCCUGUGCUUAUGACAAGACUGCACUUGCGCUAGAGGUCGGAGAUAUUGUGAAGGUUACAAGGAUGAAUAUAAACGGUCAGUGGGAAGGAGAAGUCAACGGUCGAAAAGGGCUGUUCCCAUUCACGCAUGUCAAAAUAAUUGACCCUCAAAACCCAGACGAGAACGAAUGAUUCCCUUUGCCUGAUUCACACUGCUGCUUCAUUUUCCUGGCUAUCAUUAGCAUUGUUUGAGGUGGGAUGGUGACUUAAUGGCACAUUGCUAGCAUUGCCCAUUUUCCAGCUUGCUGCAGUUUGACAGUUCUUUUAAUAUACAUUUGGAAUACAUUACAGCUGAAGUCACUGCCUGACCUUCAUACCAUAGUUGCAUCAUCCAGAAUAUAGGUUCACUUUUAGAACUGUAUUGGGCCUUAAGCUGGAGAAGACUGAACCAUACAGGUAUAUAGGAGACACAUAUUGUGGGGGGAGGGGGGGAACCUUUCCUGUUGAGACUUCCAUGGACUUGUUCUGGCCUGCUCAGUAAGAAGAGCCCUGACCUUAGAUCAAACAUAAAACUUGUGCAUUACUGUUCAACAAAAAGCAACAACAAAAAUGCAAUUUUAGGUCUGAAGAAGACUUAGUUUUAAGAGAACUUGUCCUAAGGUAGUACAUUCAAGAUAAUGGUCUCUUUAAAGGACAAUAAUUGAAGCUUAUGUAUUCUAAGCAGUUAUAGUAGAAGCUGCUCUUUUGUGAUAACUUUUAAGCUUGUUGUUGACCUUCCUGAAACAGUGUGUGUUAAAUGCAAAUAACCAUUGAUUGAGCUGCGUUGAAGCCGAGGCAUUUAUUUAUAAGGAAACUUAGGAGGAGUUGAUAUUUUUAGCCUGUUAUUGACAUACUUAAGGCAUUUCUGUUGACUUUGCAAGCACUAAACGUAGAAAGCGAGCUUUAAAGGGAAACACUUAGGCCUGGUCUACACACAGCUCUUCUGCAAUGUUAAAGCAUAGUUUUACUAAAAUAGAACUGCUCAUCACCAAGCUGUUGCUUGGUGGACAGAUUGAUCAGAUUGCCAUGGUAUAGAGAGGUAGGAAAGGAGCGCUACAGAAGAAUUUGAUAAAUACUGAUAAAAUCCUCUUAUUUAAACAUAAAACCUUUUAUACCCAUUUCUCUUCAGGUUCCCUUCUCUCUCUAAAGUUUCCUAGGGAUGCCAGCCCCAGCUUGCUUAAGGCUCUUUCUCAAACACAGUACCUUUUUCCCCAGGGUGUCUCCAUGUCUCUGCUUCUUCUUGCUUGCUUGCAUCACAAACUGCUUGCAUGUUGCCAUCUGUUUCCCCCCUCCCAAAUGCUCUGGCUUAUAUCAGCCCCAGAUCCCUCCCACUCCCAGCAUCCCCUAAAAAGUGGUUAAUUGGAGUCAGCUGCUUGGGUUCCCCCAUAUGGUAAAUUUAGGCUCAGGUUGGAGGAAGCCACAAAGGUGUCCAUUACUAGUAUAAGCUUUUUUCUGUACUUCAGGUGUACUGCUGUAAUUGUAUCUACAGUAGGGAUUUAAAUGGCUGUAGCUGCAUGAGUACAGUUAAAACCCUGCAGCUUAAGUCCUUAACCUGCAUACGGGACAUAAAAGCUUAGGUGCAGUGGCAUCUUUUGCUGCCUUCCUUAAACAUGUUUUCUAGAUGAACUGGAAUGCUCUUUUAAAAAAUAAUUGAACACUGAAUUAACAGAACACGUGUAUGCAAAGACUGUACUUGCAAAACCUCCCUUUUCAAACAUCCUGGUUAAAGAAAAAUCUGUUGCCGAAGCUGACAGUAAAGCAGCUGCCCUGAUGCAUUCAUUUUUCAAUGUUUGAAGACUGUCAAUUGUAGCAAAAUGAAAAAGUACAGCUACUUGCAGAAUUUUACCAUUUGUUAUAUCAAAUUAUGUAGAACUUAUCUUAAGUUACAGCAUGUAUUCUUGUUGAUGUGGGUCUCUUGAUCCUAAUAAAAGCAAGUUGUUCUUACCUUCGUAUUGAAGUGCCAUGAAAUCCUUAAAUGGGAGGCACUGAAGAAAUGCAAAAACAGCAUUUACAAGAAGAGACUUAAAAUGCUGUUUUAAAGAAAAGUUCCUCAUUUCAUCUAUUAGCUGUUUUCUCUAGUGUUGAUCAAGUGGCUGACAGUCUCUAAGUUCUUGUAGAGCAUUUUACUGCCAAAUAAUUAACUGUGAAGUAGAGUAGCAUUGACUGAAGUGUUUGGUGCUGUAAGAAUAAUUAUUGACAAUAGGCAUUGCCAGUUUGUCUUGCAAUGAAAAGCUAUGCAGCUAUCUUAACUAAAUAAGGUCACUCUUAUUUCAUGCCCCAACUCCACCUAUAAGUAAGUUUACUACAUAGAUUGUACUACUGAAAGUCAUCUUGUGAAUACAGAAACUGCACUAAACUCAGUCUACUGCAGAGAAAUCUUGUUUCAGACCUGACCUAGUUAUAGGCAGCUGUUUUCAGAAGACUGAUUGUAGAAUUCUUCCUUUGCUUAUUAAAGUCCAUAAAUACUGUGAGAUGUGAGAUCUUGGACACAGCUUUUUAACUUGGAUUAUUUUCACUAAAAUAAAUGUCUUGAUGCUUUCCAAACAUUCAGUAGGGUAUACACUUUGAACACAAGCAUUGUUUUAAGUUUAAUUAACGUUCUGAUACUGCAGAAAAGCAAAACAUUUUCCUUCAAAACUAUGCAAAAUUUGUGUGUAGUGGCAUCUGACACAAAGAUAAGAAUUCUUAAAUUUCUGUGAACUGGUUUUGGGCCACUGAUGAGCAGUGUUUUUCUGGGUAGCAGAGGUGUGGUUCGCUGAUGUUACAUGUGGUUUAAAUGUAGCAUACUGAACAGGCUAAGCUGACUGUAAACUUGCAUCAAAAAAAAAUGCGUCCUUGCUCUUUUACUGUAAGACAAGUAUUUUGAUAUAAAGACUGCAUUUGAUCAGUCUGGGUUUCUCUUUGAAGGACUCUCUGGUUUCUCAAUCACUUCUGCUUGCUUAUGUAUGUGCUGUCUGUUACUUUAUGAAGCCUUUUAAAUUUGAGUGAUAACCUAUCAGUGUAAGUGUUCCUUGAGCGUAUAAGGUAUACUUGAUAUGAAGCAUGAGAGUCUAUCAAGUGAUGGCUUCAAUCUAUGCACCAUUAAAGUUGUUCAUGCUUUUGAACUAGCAGCUGGUUUAAUUACCUGGUGCCACAGCAGUUAACUAUCAUGAAAGAAAGGCUUACUGUUUGACUUCCUCCUGUUGUGUACAUGUGUAAAUAUACAUUGAAGCCUCUGACCAGUCGGAAAGUUUAAAUGAAAACUCUUUUAAUCAGUGUCCAUCACUGGAUAAGCGCUAACUUAAUUCAUGAUUGUUUACAAAUUGGGAAAGAAUAAACAAAAGGGAAUAUCCUGUUUGGGUUGGGGCUCUGAAGAGCCUGAGCAUUAUUUUUGUAAAGGGAAAAACAGCAUUCUUUGUGCCAUUUCAUGUGCCUGUAAUGUAAUUUUUUAUAUUGUAUUAACAUCCUGGGAAUGAGUGGGCUGCCUUUGUUUUCUAGUCAAGUUUUCAAGCAUUUUUCUCAAUACCUGCAUUUGAAAGUGAGACCCACCUAAAAGACUGCCUUUUGGGACCAGUGAAAGCAUUCUUUUGUAGUUGUCAUUUUCUGUUUACUAGUGUUAAAUGUGUUUUGAGGCAAGGAAACAAUUAUUGAAGUGGGAAAGGUGGCCUUGUAUUUGAGACAGUCUUCACUGUGUAAACUUUAAAACACAAUAUGUAAUUUAAAGACCAUGAACUUCAGGCAAUAAUAUUAAGUGUAAGCUUUUAAAGUUUAUUUUGGGGAUCAUAGCUUGUUUUAUUUUUUGUGCUAUAAAAUUAACAGUAUUAAAUGAAUUAUAUUCUUAGAA